AUGCCCCCCAAGAGAAGGCAGAAACUGCAGCAAGAGCAGAAGGGGCAGCCAGGUGUGGCUGCACCCCUGGAGGGAGCUGCCGAGGGGGCUGUAGCCAGCAGAGAAGAGGUGCUGCUGCAGCAGGAGUACAGCCGCCUUUGCAAGGAGCUGGAGGACAUGAAGGGGGCACGUGUUCAGCUUCGGGAGGAGAACGAGUUCCUGCAGCAAGAGGCCCAGCGUCUCCGUGCUGAGAGCCAGGAAUUCAUGUGCUAUGUGGCCAAGAGGGCCCAGCGGCGCCAGGAUGCCAUCAUCUCCCUGAAUGAUCGGAACAAGCAGGCCGUAGAGGAGAUCCGCAGGGAGCAGCAGGAACUGCUCACCCUCUACCAGAGGAAGGAGGCAGCUCUGCGGGAACAACUGUUGCACAAAGAGGGUGAACUUCUCCGCCUUAGCAAGGAGGUUGAGGGCCUGCGGGAGAUCCAGGCACUGCAGCAGGAGCAGGCUGCCCACAUCAGGGAGCUGCAGGAAGAGCUGGUGGCCACCAGGCAGCAGCACACUCAGCACCUGCAGGAGACCAAAAGCCAUUUCCUGCAAGAAAAGGCUGCCUUUGAGCAGACGUCCCAGCAGCAGGUGCUCUGCCUGCUGCAGCAGGCACAGGAAGUGGUUGCACGGUGCAUGCAGGAGCAUAGCGACCAGGUGAAAUGUGAGAACCAGGAGCUGCGGCAGGAGCUGCACCAGCUCAUCCAGCGAUCACGCACACUGCAUUUACACAAGCGCCGGUUAGAGGAGCAGGCACAGCAGCUGCUGCGAGAGCGUUGCUACAUGCAAGACAUGGCUCGCCUGUACCACACCCACCAGGGCAAGAAGUAGGCCCCAGCUGUGACCCCAGGAAUGAGCUGACAGAGAGGUGGCCACUACUCACUGCCAUGACCUGCUUUUGGUAUUAGAAUUAUUUAGCUCAGGGGUUCUCAAACUGGGGGUCGGGACCCCUCAGGGGGUCACGAG